UCCCUCCCACUCCCGUGCGCCCCUCCCCGCGCGCCCUACAUCCAGCGCCUGGCCGAGGGGGCUCAGUCCGCAGUCGCCGCUGUCGCCGCCGCGCUUUGGCCUCGGAGCUGGCAGCGGCCACUGGUGCCGCCUAGACAGCUGCGCGGGCAACCGGUAGCUGUUCUUAGCUGUGUCCAGCCCUUCGGGAACACAUCCUGUGUGAGGUCCCUCCAGCUAUAAGGUGGGCACCAUGUCUGAGAAGUUCGACUGUCACUACUGCAGGGACCCCCUGCAGGGGAAGAAGUAUGUGCAGAAGGAUGGCCACCAUUGCUGCCUGAAGUGCUUUGACAAGUUCUGCGCCAACACCUGCGUGGAGUGCCGCAAGCCCAUAAGUGCUGAUGCCAAGGAGGUGCACUAUAAGAAUCGCUACUGGCACGACACCUGCUUCCGUUGUGCCAAGUGCCUUCACCCCUUGGCCAGCGAGACCUUUGUGUCCAAGGAUGGCAAGAUCCUGUGCAACAAAUGCGCCACUCGGGAGGACUCCCCCAGGUGCAAAGGGUGCUUCAAGGCCAUUGUGGCAGGAGACCAGAACGUGGAGUACAAGGGCACCAUCUGGCAUAAAGACUGCUUCACCUGCAGCAACUGCAAGCAAGUCAUUGGGACCGGAAGCUUCUUCCCCAAAGGGGAGGACUUCUACUGUGUGACUUGCCAUGAGACCAAGUUCGCCAAGCAUUGCGUGAAAUGCAACAAGGCCAUCACAUCUGGAGGAAUCACUUACCAGGAUCAGCCCUGGCAUGCCGAGUGCUUUGUGUGUGUUACCUGCUCUAAGAAGCUGGCUGGGCAGCGUUUCACCGCUGUGGAGGACCAGUAUUACUGCGUGGAUUGCUACAAGAGCUUUGUGGCCAAGAAGUGUGCUGGAUGCAAGAACCCCAUCACUGGGAAAAGGACUGUGUCAAGAGUGAGCCACCCAGUCUCUAAAGCUAGGAAGCCCCCAGUGUGCCACGGGAAACGCUUGCCUCUCACCCUGUUUCCCAGCGCCAACCUCCGGGGCAGGCAUCCGGGUGGAGAGAGGACUUGUCCCUCGUGGGUGGUGGUUCUUUAUAGAAAAAAUCGAAGCUUAGCAGCUCCUCGAGGCCCGGGUUUGGUAAAGGCUCCAGUGUGGUGGCCUAUGAAGGACAAUCCUGGCACGACUACUGCUUCCACUGCAAAAAAUGCUCCGUGAAUCUGGCCAACAAGCGCUUUGUGUUUCAUAAUGAGCAGGUGUAUUGCCCUGACUGUGCCAAAAAGCUGUAACUUGACAGGGGCUCCUGUCCUGUAAAAUGCUUUGUGUCCUUUGCUCACUCCCUCUGUACCAUCCAUAGGGGAAGAGUGGGUUUUCACCUCUUUAAAGUUGCUCCUUCUGUCUUUUCUCCCAUUUUACAGUAUUAAUCAACCAAGGGCACACAGUGAUCAUAUUAGGAAUUAGCAAAGAGCAACCUUGCAGCAAAAAUAAUUUCUCUGUUGCUGCAGUGGAAAAACAAAAAAACAAAAAAAAACAAAAAACAAACAAAAAAAACUUAGAUUGACUCUUCUGCAUGUUUC